CUAGAAAGAGUUUUCUAAAAAAAUGUAAUUGUCCGCAGUGAUUGCUUGAGUUGUAUUACAUCUAACUUCAUAAUUUCUGUACAUAAGGGUAAGAUUUUGUAUUAAUUUGGUUUUAAUACACUAUGCGAGCGAAACUUUAAACAAGUCCAGUGUUCAUAGCACGUGAUCAGCGUUUUUUUUCAGUUGCAGAGCAAUAUUUACUGAAAGCCGGCUGUUCCUUCACGAAUUCAAUUACGCAAUGUCACUUCCGUGAUUGGAUAGUUCCUUGUUUGUUAGCUAGUAUAAAGGUUGAUUUUUCACACGAUCUUGUUGCUCUUCAAUUAUUUUCAUCAUUGGUGUUGCAGUGUCAAACUUCAAACGGGCGCGGACGCCAUCGCCCGAACUACCAAACAAAAUGGCGCCCAUCAAGGACCUCAUUGAACAGAGCAUAAAAGAUAACCCGGUCAUGAUAUUUUCGAAAUCUACGUGUCCAUUCUGCAAGAAGGUGGGUUACUUAUUGUCUGCCUUUAAUCACUCCAUCUUCAGCAAAAAUAAGGAUAAAGAAAGCAUUGUGUUGAAGACUAUGGAAUCUAGCUUAAGUCUAAACUAAGAUAUUCAUAAUGCGGACCGGCAUUUGCCGCUCGCAAACCAUCCUGAUUUCAAAGACCCUUAUUAACACUGUCAGGAGUUACUUGAAACCUUCAUAUACGAGCAUUUUGAACAGAUUUCAGAUGGACAUAAGAAACUUUAAUAAUUCUGUAUAUUUAUAACAGCUUUUUGACUUGCGUUAGCGAUAGUAGGCUCCUUUAAUUUUAUCUUUAUUCUUUAUACGAGCAGGUUGUAAUAUCUAUACUGCGGGCUUAUCCCGGCCUUAAUUACUAGUGUUCCAACUGUAAAUGAUAUACACAAAAGGCUAAGGAGUUGACUUAAUGUACGUUCUAUAAUAGUAGUUCUUUGUGGACACAAUUAUGCGAAAUAAGCUCAUCUGUGUUUCCCUCUGUAAGUUUGUAAAAAGUUAGACACUGCAAAAAGCAUCGAAGGUGAUAGUUUUCCUAUGACCUGGAUAUUGUAAGCAAUAAUAAUUACAAAAUGUAAGUGUCUUUUUAUAUUACGCCUUUUUAAUGAGGCAUACGUUCUAUUCACUGAGAUUUUUAGACCUCUCCUUCUGAACAUAAAUUAUAUUCUAAAUGGAAGUUCCUCAGUAUUUAAAAUAUUACCGCAUUUUAAACUCUUAAACAUAUUUUAAGCUUAUCAUUACAGCAGGUGAUAAGGAUGUUUUAUCCAAAAGACAUAAAGGUUAAAAAAAGACUGCAAAUAACAGGGUGACAUAAAUCAUAACAGAGGAAAAUUGUUGUACAUUCUAAUAAUUUUGUCAAUAUUUUAAGAUUCUUCUUACCAUUUGUUGUACACUUGACAGUUUGGCAAACUGUCAUCUGUACUUGAAAAGUUAAUUUUAAUGAUUUAUGAGUAGAGAAAGUGAUGACAAGAUAGUUGAUGACUUUGGAAUGAAAAAGUAUUCAAAUGAUGUGGUGGAAUAAUAAUUAUUAUCUAACAACACUUUAAGCUGGUUAUUUAAACAGAGUUGAGCCCGUAUUUAACAAAACCUCGUUCUAAGCUAUUUUCAGUUUUCCCAGCGCUAUUAUCCAAACAUGGUUUAUCAUGAACCAUUUUCAUUAAAGCAAAUAGCAUAGACUGGAAAAGCACUUAUUUUCUUGAAAUAACCUACUAACGAAAAUCUGGAGGUCCAAUGAUUUCUUAAACCAUGCAUGGCUUAAGUUAGACUUUGUUUAAAUAACCAACCCUUUUAUGUUUCCAUCAAUACAUCUAUUUACAUUAAACUUGGAGGUGUGGCUAUAUAAAUUUAUAAUACAGCUUUGGAAUAUAUUGUGAGAACUUGCCAAUUACCCACAUGUAAGUGAAAUUAAAAGCUCAUAUUAUAAUCUGUCUCCCUUUUCAUGGAUAGCUGUCUAUUGUCUGAAAAAGACGAGCAGAGAUAACUCUUAAUAAUUCAGGUUUUUUAACGCAGUGCCGAAGAUAGAAGGGAGUUAUGUUUAAUUUCCAGAAGGUCACAGCAAGUGGCAAAAAAGUUAUUUAAUGGGUCAAAUUAUGCAAUAUUUCUUGUGGUUAGUGUAGGUGAGCUUUCACGCAAAAACAUGAAUCAUAUCUUAAUGCAUGAAAAGAUCACUGUUGCUAUGGCCACAUGACAAACUGGCUUUUCAUGGCUAAAAAAUAUUUAUAUAUUAAAGCGAAAUGGUGUGGUAUUUCAUAGGUGUUUGUGUAAUAAAUAGAACAUUACAUGGCCGCUCGGAGAUAGGAAAUUUCUCUUCUUGUUUUCAAAUACUCAAAGAGAAAGUUUCUAUCUCCACGUGGCCUUGUGAUCUCCUCUAUAUCUCUCUUUUUAACUUAAAAGUGCAUGCAUGAAAGUAUGUUGGUAGGAUUGUCACCUGACAGGACUAUUUUUUUCUAAUACUUCUUCACAGGUAAAGGAGCUUUUCAAGUCAAUGAAUGUCACAUUUACAGCCAUGGAAAUGGAUUUACUGGGUAAUUUAAAAAACUGAUAAACUUUAGUUCUAACAGUUUAAUUUAGGGGAUUGUCAAAGUAGCUAGCCAGCAGCAGCUUAAAAUCACCAAAUUGCAUCAAAUUUCGAGAGAAAUAAUGAGCGAUAUUUUGUAAGUAUUUAAUUUCGCGAUUUUUAGGGACAGGUAGAAUUGGAGUGUAUUUAAUUUUGAUUUUCCUAUUCAUUAACACAUGUAUGUAAAGCUACAGCAGUUUGGUCAUAUUCAUCAGCCCCGAGUUGUUUCUGCUUCUGCUGUGGCAAGUACCUGAUUUUUUACCCCACUUACUUGGCUUACUGGCCUUGCCCUCACCAUCUGAAAUAUUGCAUUACCAGAUUUGGACAAUGCUUGGUCAGAGAUAAUUUAUUCCAUACUGAAGGGACAUGUUAUUGAAGGGGCUUUAUGCAUUAUCUCACCACAGCUUUAAAGUGUUGACUUUAAGGUUGACUAAGUGGUGCACGUGAACAAUGAUAUAUGUUUGGUAUUAAACUUCGCGAUUUUUAUCUUUGCGAGUAUUUUUCCCAAAUUGCAAAAAUCGCUAAAUUUACUACUUGUGAAAGUAAGGGAGAAAAAGGUGCUUCAUGCUUUUGAUCAGCUACUCUGCUGGCGUAGGCUACUUUGUCUGAAUCUUUCGUAAAAGCAGGGCUUCCGGAAUUAUGCAUUUUUUUUCAGCAAAUUAUCCGCUGUUUUUUGGCUAAUUAUACGCCAAAAAUCCCGAAUUACGUGGAUUUCGCAAUAUUGUGCAAUAUUUUUAAGCAAAAAUUCGUAAUGUUUCAAUUUAUUGAGCUUGCAAAUCAAGCAUAAACGUCUAAAAAGGGUCCUGAAGCUGUGUGCCCUUAGGGAUCGUGCCACCAUUGACUACAUGCGAGAGAAGAAAUUCACGCAUUGUAGGAUUUGCAGCAGCACAUGCCUUAUCCACUCAUGGCAGACUUUCACUUUCUCUUUGUGAGCUGGAGUUUUGCACUUGAAUGAAGUCUUAGUAAUGUCUGUUGUUUGCUCACUUCGAAGAGGAUUCAUCCAUUCACUUGACGUGUGAAACAGCUGAAAGGUGCUUGUCAAGAACUGACUUUUGGUGGUGAUCCAUAACUACAUUGCAAGUUGAAUAGGAGAGGCAAACGAUGUACACAUGUAAUAAUUUACUAUAACAUUUAGUAGUGUGAAGCUUCUGUUUCAUAUGAAUGGACUCACUUAAAGAUUUCAACUGUAGGCUUAGAUGAUAGAGCUGCAUCUUGUAUCUCAUGCUCAAUAGUAAAAAUAGGAAAGUACCAUUCAGAAUGGUCAUCACACUUAUGCAUUCUCCACUGCUUCUGUAUUAAAAAAGAGAACCCAUUUGUUAGUCAUGGUUUAUCAGUGAUCUUAUAACAAAACUGCUUGGUUGUCUUCAAAUACAGAUAAUGGAACAACAAUACAUGAAAAACUGAAAGAGAUGACAGGGCAAAGAACAGUUCCUAAUGUCUUCAUUCGAGGGAAUCACAUUGGGGGUGCAGAUGAUACAAUGAAACUUCACGAGGAAGGAAAGUUAAUGAACCUGAUCACACCGCCGUCAGAGAACUAUACUUAUGAUCUGAUUGUUAUUGGUGGUGGGUCUGGUGGACUCGCUUGCUCAAAGGUAUUACUACAUACAGUCAACUCUUUCUUGAUAGACACGUUGGUAGAAUGUAUAUGCACCCACUGUUGGUCCCUGAUUUUCUUUUCUGCUUUUAGUUAACUCUCAAUGAGAUGGAAACUUUUGGGGCGGAAAGGGGGGCCGGGGGGGGGAGGGGAUUAUAAGUAAAAGUAACAAAAGGUUUGGUAAGGUUGCUGGCCAAGUAUACAUCAAUCUUGCAGUUCUGGUCCAAUCCUGGUUUUGACAACAGCUACAAGAAAUGGCAUUUCCCAUGGGCAUGAAGGGAUUAACCAUGGCAGGAUUAGCUCAGUCGGUAGAGCAUUUGACGGCAGAGUGGGAGGCUCAAUUCCUAGGGAUGUGCCAAUACUCAGGGUCUUAAAAUAACAGGGAAAUGGAGGUUUUGCCUUUCCCCUGCACACGGCUAGACCCUCAUGUAGCUCACGUGACCACAAAAACUGACAUUCCCAUCUCCAGAUAGAAACGUAAAAAUAGUGUCCCCAAUAAUUAGUACUUUUGUGUCAAAUACAUUGACUUUCAAAUGAAGUGCUUUUUUAUAAUAAUUUCCACAGAAUAAGUACACAUAUAUGUCACAGGUUGUAUUUGAUUUCAGGUUAAAAUAUUUUAACCUAAAACCAUGGACAAAAGUCUUGGGACACACACCCAUCCCCUUCUCACACCCCAUAAACAAGGUUGGGAGCACAUAUCCAGAAUUUUUUUUGUAAGGUUCAACUUUGUAUAGGAUGGGGAAAUGGGGAACUGCAAGAUAUUUUCAAAAAAGUUGCACUAUUUUAUUAGGGCACCCUUAAAUUACAGAAAAUCACAAAUACUGCAUUACUGUCCCAAGGACUUUUGUCCAGGAUCGUAGCUAUAGGUUGAUUUUCAAUUUCCUUUGUUCUUCUAGGGACAGGAGACAAACGAAAUUGGGAAUUAACCUUAGGUUAAAAAAUUCUAACCUGUAAAUAUAAAUCAAAUUUGACCAGUAACAUAUAUAUCAUUUUCAUUUUACAGGAAGCAGCUGACCUUGGCAGAAAAGUGGCAGUUUUGGAUUUUGUUAAACCAUCUCCUGUAGGAUCAACUUGGGGUCAGUCUUCUAGCAAUGAAGCACUUGUGUUGUUUGUGUUGUUAGCAAAGCUCUCGUGUAGGGAAGCACCAUGCGUUGGUUAUAAUUAUUUAUUGAUAGUAGGCUCAGGUCCAUUUUUUCAGUAGGAAUUCAGUUUGCUUCUUGCUUUUCCCAAAAGUUGAAUUUACGUCAGAAAGACAUUUCUUAAAACAUCCCACAACAAAGCUGUGCUGACUAGCCCCUGAUGCCUAACUAUUGCUCCUGGUCAUCUUGAUAAAUUAAUUUUAGUUUCUUCAUAGUAAACACAUGCUGGGCUCCUUGGAUUUCACAGGUUUAGAGCACUGGGCUCCCUUCAAUUUUUCUUAGAGCACAUUCUUGCAUGAGAACUUCAAUUUUGGCCUGGGCUGAAUCUGUCUAAUAUUUUUAUUCUUUAAUCCUAAUGUGACUGAUUGAAAGGGGACAUACAUGAUAACCUUUAAAACUAAUGUUGACAUGCAGUUAUUCUGUUCUGACUUAUUAUUUUUGAAUGAAACACAGUUCUACAGUUAAGAAAGAUUGAAUAGAACUGUAUAAUUUGCAAAUGAGAAGUAUUGAAUUGUAUAAAUUCUGUACUCAAAUAGGCACCAUGCCACAUUUUGGACUAACGUUUUUCACUUUUUGCUGUUUUGUUUAUGUCUUAUCUAGUCUGAGAAAACAGGCAACAUUUCACAACGCCACCACUUGUUUCCCCGCAAAAAUUAAUGACUUCAAAGAAAUGACCAAAGAAAUUCCAUACUGACAAUGCAUCACUACCCAACUCUGGGUGGGUGAUGCUUCUGAUUGGCUUGCUUCAUCCAAUCAGAAGCACUACCCAGAUAUGCCUCAUGCAUCAUCAGCAUGGUUUUCUGUGGUAGUUUCUCAAAUCUCUUUUCACAGGAAAACAAGCGCUGGUGUUGCAAAAUGUUAUCUGUUUUCUCAAAUUACUUCUUAUCAUACUGACUUAAUUUUUUAUGAUGCAGCAUGAUGGCAGCUGCAGAGUAAAGAAUGCUAGAUUAGACAAUUAUUGUAUUGAGAGACAGUCCCACAUUAGGCUCUAAAAGGUUUUUGUUUCCUAUCAGGUCUUGGAGGCACAUGUGUAAAUGUGGGCUGUAUUCCAAAGAAACUAAUGCAUCAGGCUGCUUUACUGAAGCAUGGAAUGGAAGAUGCAAGGUUGUAUGGAUGGAGUUAUGAUGAAAAAGGUAUGCAUGUGUAGCAAGUAGUGUCCUACAAAUGGAUUGAAAUGAAACUUUUUUUUCUUUUUUUUUUGUAAUACUGGUUUAUCAAGAGGUUAGUUGCAAGGUCUUCAUGAUAAAGUGUGUUUUCAGUCAUUGAAUGACUGUUUAAGCCAUUGCCUCUCAACCGCGCUUAAUUGCCCAUGCAAUCCAUGUCCCUCAUCAGAGUGCAAAGAAAGGGAUUUUUACAGCUUGCCAUUCGGGCAAGCUGAAGCUAGCAUAUACUAGCCCAAGGAUCAUUUCAACUAGCCCCAAAAACAUUUUGAUGAGCAGAAUUGAUUUCACAUUUCUUCUGUAAUUUGAAUUCCUCAAAACAUUUCACUUGCCCAUCAUGCAAUUUAAGAACAGAAUUCACUAGCCUGAUAGCAAAAUCCACUAGCCCCAGGCUAUCGGGCGUUACUUUCUUUGCACACUGCUCAUACCACUUGAGACAUUAUCAGUUUGAGCUUUUUUUUUUUUUCAUCACACUUGCACAGGGGAAAGAGAUAUUUCAAACCACUUCAUAAUAAGCUUGAUUUAAACAAGGAAGCCAGAGAAAAACAAAAAGUGUGUAACCAUGACAACCCUGUGAGUGGCAUCCAUCGCAUGCACUGCUAAGCAGUGAAACCUACAUGUAUAAUGCUUACAAUGUGUUUACCAAAGGGAUGGUGGGGUAGGGAGCAAAAGCACUAAAAGCCUGAACAAUGAGUGGCAACCUUAAUGACCUGAACAGAGAAGCUGUAAAAACCCAUCGACCCGUGCAACGCUAUCUUUGUCUUUAAUGUUCCUCAUAGUGCAAUUGUUUUCUGCACAAUUUUUUUUUUUUGCAUAAGUUUUGUUUUCAAUUUCUCAAAGGACAAUUUUUGGUCCUAAGAGGAAUGGAAAACAAUACUUAUGAAAAGGAGAAACAAAUUCAUUGCAUUACGUGGAACAUGAAAGUCGCAAAUUAGAGCUCCCCCAAUAACCUUGUGAGAAAGGAUGCUGGCUAACAUUGUCUUGAGUUAAACUUAGCCUAUAUUUUAUGUAGCCACGAUAACAUAAUUAUUUUAUAAUAUUGCAUAAACUGUGAAAUUAUUGUUAGCUCAAAUUUAAGGGAAGCAUUACAUGAUGAGCUAAUGUCUCCCAAAAUUAUGGUACAAUAAAAGCAAUACAGAAAAAAGCUACAACCCCGGACAAAACCUGUUAAGGCAAAUCGCGAAAAUGCCCAUUUUUUCCUAUCAUCCUGGCAAAAACUGAAACCUCCGCCAAAUGAAUGCCUGAUUUCCCCCCUCCCCUUAUCCAGAGUUGUUUAGAAUAGCAUGGCAAUUAUACGGGUUGGUUUUUAGACCAAGACAACUUUGAAUAGGGGGUGUGGAGGGGGUUUACUUUUUCUGUUUAGAGGAGACGGGAGUAGGGCGCAAAAGUUAGAAAAUAGAUGGAAUUGUCUCAACAGUUUUGUCGGGGGUUGUAGAAACUUCCAUGUAACCCUCAAAUUUUGGAAGAGUUCUUUACAAGUUAUCAGUACUUCUAAUAAUUAUUAUAUUAUAUUAUAUGCAUGGUUGCUUAAAAAGUAAUCUUUCUCUUCUAGUUGAUCACAAGUGGGCAACAUUGAGAGAAAAUGUACAGGUAUGCACAAACUCAUUUUUUUUUCUUUUUCAAACAAUUAAAAAGACUGAAAUUGAGUGACUGCUCUCCUUUUAUAGUUUUGGGAUCAUGAUCAAGUGAUUAGCAAGUUUAUUUCCAAUAAUAUUAUUAUUGUGGCUACAGUCAAAUUGCUCUGAGGGUUAACUUAAAUUGAUCCAGCAUAUCUUUCAUCUUAAGACCUUCUUUACCUAAACAGUGUGAUCUUUAUUGUUAAUUCAUUGUUAUUGACACAUGGACUACACAUGCCAUUCUUUGCACCAUCCAAUUUUGGUCAGUGCCUGCUGCAGUAUGCAUAGAAAGUAGUGUCCGAUAGCCCAGGGCUAGUAGAUUUUGCUAUCUGGCCAGUGAAUUCUGCUCUUAACUUGCUUGAUGGGUAAGUGAAGUUUUCCAGGAAGAAAAGAACUUUAAGAACUUUCAUCAAUCCUGUCAAUCCUGUUCACCAAAAAUCUUUUUUGGGCUAGUUGAUAUGACUUUUGGGCUAGUACGUGCUAACUACAGUUUGCCCGAAUGCCAGGCUGUAAAAGUGACUUUCUUUCCACCCUGCAGCUGUUUAUAAAGGGGGAGUGAAGCCAAUUAGAAUUGGCAAAAUAUUUUGAAUGUGUUUGAGUAAUAAUAAAAGUUGUUAGAGAUGCACAACAUGAAAGAGGUGACAUUUUUACUAUAAUUUGUGUUUUGUCUGCAUGUUUAGAAUCACAUUGGGUCACUUAACUGGGGAUACAGAGUAGAAUUGAGAGACAAGAAAAUCUUGUAUAAAAAUGCCACAGGAAAACUAUUGGAUGCACAUACAGUUCAGGUAAUUAACUACAAAUUGUAAUCACUAUACCUGAAAAUUCAGAAAAUAAGCCCCGGGGCUUAUAUUUUUCAAAGGCCCUUUUUGAGGGGCUUAUAUUUGGAACAGCUCAUGUAUGGCGGGAAAUUUGCAUCUCAAAAUCGAAUGGGCUAGCUUUAUAUAGCGGGAAGGAAAUUUAUGUCAGUAAUUUGCACAAGGUUUUUACUGAAACUAGCUUUAUGGACUAAAACUCAUCCAUGCAAGUACUUUGUCUAUAUGGACCGAGGAAAUCCAAACCAAGAGUGAAGAGUCAACUACACAAACAGAAAUAUACUGUGACACUUUUUGACUGCAGUCAUUUGGCCCAAUAAUAACUCUUUGACAGAUGCAAAAAUUUGUGUUACUGUACAGUUUUUGCUGUGUUAUUUUGAAUUUGAGGGUAGUUUCCAAGUACAAGCCCCCAGGGGCUUAUAUUUGGAGGGGUGAUUUAACGUAGGGUUUUUUGCGUUACGAGUAUGGGGGGCUUAUACAUGGGAGGGGUUUUAUUUUCAGCAUUUUACAGUAUCUGUUGUCAUUGGCCAAGAGCCUGUAGCUGGAAAUCAGCGCAACCUAGUGAUUAGUUAUCUGUAGCUUGCAAGUACAAUAUUCAUGAUUUCCAAGAGCAAUGUCUCCUCAAACUGUGUUCCUCGUCUCCUUUGUCAUUAUUAAUUCUUCAAAACCAUUGUAUUGAAAAUAUUAAAAGCAAUAAUUAGAUUUGGUUUUUGUGAUAUCCGGGAUUAUCAAAGUCGUGAUGAGUGUUAUUCCACUUUGGUCUACCUGUAAGUAAACUCAUUAGCUUAUAAAGUAAACUCAAACUCAUGUGUUUAACAGCACUGAAUUGCUCACUUUUGUGUAGGGCCAGUUGGAAAAAGAAAGAGGUUUAUGCAUGUAGAAGGCGUGUCACAUGCAAACUUUAUAAAUUACCUGGCUGCUGACUAUGAUCUCUGCUAAAAUUUAGUUGAGAUCUGUCCAACCUUUCCUUUGUCUAAAUGUUAUCAUAACAGAAAACAGGAAUGGAUACUUCCAUCCCCACCACUGCCAUCGAUAGUUUGUCUAAACAUAUACAAACAUUAUGUUCUGGAAAUGUAGUGGUCCCUGAAAAUACUUAAUUGUCGGUCAAAAAUUAAUAAUAACAAUUUGACAUGUCACUGAUUGUAGAUCUAUACAUGUGUACUAGAUUCUCUGGAAGAUGGAAACCUAUUGAAAUUUGCACCAAGUGACUGUCUAGAGUUGGUUUCUAAUCCAACAAGGAAAUUGAAUGACCAAAUUUAAAGGCAAAGGCCAUUUUAGGGGAGGUAUUGAAAUUGUAGACUGUAAUGAGAGCUGCGUGCUUUCAUUCACAUUAGUGUUGUGGUGUGAAUUUUUUAAGAAAUCUUCUUUGUCUGAAAUAGGCUGUUGACAAGAAAGGCAAGGUUAGUCAGAUGACAGCUCAGCACAUUGUACUUGCUACAGGGUUAAGGCCUCGAUACCCACCCAUACCAGGAGCUAAGGAGUAUGGAAUAACAAGGUACUAUUCUACUAAUAUAAUGCAGUUAAAUUCAAGUGGUGUAGGGUCACAGAGCAGGAAAAGAAAGAAUGAAACAAAUGAAACAGCACUCCUCUGGCAUGUCUCUUUAUGUUUUUGUUGUGUUGUGUGCUUCAGCUCCCAGGGGUGAAGCUUAAAUUUAUAACAGAAGGGAAAUGGCAUUUGAUGGGCGGGUAAUAUGAGAAGAAAACUGCUGCCUCUUUAAAGACUGCAUUUUUAGCUGGAAAAAUCAUGUUGACAGUCAGGUAUUUUCCCCAUCUCCCAGUUAUCAUCUACCUUCCACUGCUCCUGUAAUUAUGCAAUCAUUUAGACUUCUAAUUCUUUAGUGAGUAAUUAAUGUAGUAAUAACUUCUCACUUUUCUUCACAGUGAUGAUUUGUUCUCACUUGAACACAGUCCUGGCAAAACAGUAAUGGUUGGUGGCUCUUAUGUGUCAUUAGAAUGCGCAGGCUUCCUGCACGGAAUUGGGCUUGAUGUCACAGUCAUUGUUCGGUCCAUCUUUUUACGUGGUUUUGAUCAGGUAAUAUUGUUUGUUUCAAGAAUCUUAAAAUUAAUGUAGUGGUGUUUUUAUAUUGACUCAUCGCAGUGCAACUGAUACCAUUGUCUUUGCUACAGCAGAGUUAAGUUUCUCUUGCUUGGAGAUUAGAUCGAGAAAUGAGGAGGCGAUUGAUUCUUCAUGAAACAGGAUUUACGCAUUAAAUAAUUAUUGAUUUAGUAUACUUGUCAGCAAUGUGUGGAAACACAUCUGCGGUCGUAGGCUAUACGUGUUUAUAAAUACACGAAAAUUCAAGGGCCUUGAUUCCAGAGAAAUUACAUCAUUGCCAGAGAUCAAAAAAGUGAUUUACAUGACACAUCAUUUCAAUCAUCGCGGAAAACAAACUGCAUGCUUAUCACAAGACCAUUUGCAUACAGUGAAAGUUAACAACCCCCGACCAUCGCAGUUUUGCUAAUUAAGAUUCUUCUUUUUUUUCAACCACUGUAGUGUUCACUUGUUCCAAAGUAGGUAAUCAACGCUUUCAAGCGAUAGAAUUCACCGACCAACCUGUUCUGGAAAAGCUCUAAAUUUAAUUUUUUUCUAUAAAGCUUUCUUAGCAAAACAUGUGUGCUUGGCUACAGUCAAGCAAUGAUUCUUAUUCUCAGUUUCCACAGUUUCCGCAAGGAAUGCCUGGGACUACAACCGCCUUUUUUUGUACUUAAUACGAAGAACAAUGGCUUGACAAUGGCUUGCAGAUUAUGAGUCUCGCUGUUUACUCAAGCGAGACUAAUAAGCCCCUCCUCUUAAAUAAGCCCCCUGUCUCUAUUAAGCCCCCCUCAAAUGUGUUUGAAAUAAAAAAGCCCCCCGGGGGGCUUAAUAGAGGAUUUACAGUAUAUGCUUAUGUCAAGGCCUUCAACACUAGCACAUAAGCUCCUUACAGGGUUGUCAUUAAGAGCCGGGGGCUGGGGAUUUUCCGCGGCUACUAAGAGAGUGGCCCCCAGCUACUUUUAUUGGAAAAAUAGAACAAAAAUAGAACCAAAAGAAAUCUCUAGCGGUUUGAUUCCCCGCCAAUACUUGUUGUAUUUACCAGGCAACUUGAAAUCUUAGUGACAACCCUGUCCUUAUGCUUAAGCUUGCAUUGCAAGUAAGGACCAGGCAUUAGUACUCAGUUGCACGAGUGAUUCAUUCACAAAAUUAAGAACACAGUGUGAUUAUAGGUCAAAGUGACAAAAAAUGACCCAAAGAGUGUUACAUAUCUGCCAGUGGAAGAGGAGUUUUUUACAUUUUUCUGUUUUUCUCUCUUUUCACAGCAAAUGGCUGAGAAAAUUGGAAAUGAAAUGCAGACUCAAGGGAUUAAGAUGAAAAGACCAGCUAUUCCAACAAAGGUAUGUAGAUUUCCUAGUCUACCUACUGAAACUUACUCUGUGUGAUACUACAGUCUUGGACAAAAAGUGUUCAGAAGUUUCCACUUUCUUACUCACAGGAGACCCACUCUGCAAAUUUGCCACCACAGGGAUCCCUCUCCCCACCCCUCUCUGGUCAAAGAUGUUCAGUCAGGAGCAAAAAUGUUCCGGCUGUGCUUCAACAUUGUUUGUUGGGCAGGAAGGGGGAAGUAUGUUGAGUGAACAGUGAUAUACAGAGAUGUAUUCUGAAUUUUAACAUACAAUGUGGCAAUUUUUCUUAACACUUUUGUCCAAGAUUGUAGAUUUUCUCAUUAUCUACUGUUUUCCUUCUAUUUUGCACUAUUUGGUAGUAUCUGUUUCACAGUUCAAGUAAAAUCACUUAAAUAAAUCUGGUUAAACUCUAAAUCUUUUUUACCAGGUUGUUCAAGUGUAGCCUUGGCCUGUAUCUCAAAUGAUUUUUAUUUCCACACUAUUAAUAAUCUGUGCAAUAGUUAAUAUUGUAAAUGUAACAGUAUCUUAAAACAGAUUAAUAAUUAAUUAUUAAUUGUUUGUGUGGGGUAAAAACUCCAGUCUUCAUAACAAAGAAGGACUAACUCCAGCCUCAUCUUAAUACACCUAAUAAGCCUCAUCUAAAUUUUGUGUUUUAUUUUUACUGUUAUUUUUAGAUAGAACUUAUUGAAGAAGGAACACCAAGAAAACUCCGAGUUCAUUACAAACACUUGGAAACUGGGGAAGAGAGCUCUAUAGAAUGCAACACUGUAAGUUAUUUAUCACUCAGCAUCUCACCAAUCCAAAGUAUUAUUAAUAAAGCCAUAUAAAUGCUUUGAUCUUUUAUAAAAUUUUUUCAACUGAUUCUGUAAGGAAAUGUAAGGGGGUCAGUCUGGAGAUUUUGUAUGUUGAUAUAUGGGGCUUAAAGAGAGAUCCUAUUCACAAUGUUCACAUACUUAACACUGAUUGAAUUUUCACCCCACAGGUGAUGUUUGCAAUUGGUAGAGAUGCUUGCACACAGGGCAUUGGACUGGAAAAUGUUGGAGUCAAACUUAAUCCAAGGUAGGUCUGCCCAAAGGGUUGCAUAAUGAUGGGAAUGCCUUUGAAUUCACUAGCAAUGAUGGUUUCAAUAAAAUAAAAUGUAAACUAGAUCCUUGCAGUUACAGUUGCAACUUUUGCAGUUGCAGAAGAAUGGAAUGAAGUUUUGGGGGUUUUCUUCAUGUAACUGUAGAAGUUGCAUGCAACUGUAAGCAUGAGGAUCUAGUUUUCAUUAUCUUAAUUCCUCAUACUGCAGUUCAAAUAUAUGAAAUUCACGUACAGUUGUAAUAUUCAUUACUUAACCCAUUUGCUCCUGGAAAGUUUGCCAAAAAAUACAUGUUGAAGCUAGUCAAGCCGUUUUCUGUUGGCUUUUUGGCUAAAAACUUUUGGCCUUCUGAUCCUGCAGAUGCAAAACUUUAGCUUUUAAAGUUGGGCAUGUGCAGAAUGCAAAAUUUUGAUGUGACAGUCUUCACUUGUUCUUUUCGCUUUCUCACCUCCCCUUUUCUUUUGCUCGUCUUGCCUCAUUUUUUCCUUUUUGCUGGGCAUUUAGUUGGCAUUUCCGUGGAAAAUGUUUUUCGAAAAGCUUUUAGGAUCUUAGGAUUAGAUGACAGGAAAGGUAGAUGGGUGGUGGAAGAAGAUUUUUAAGGGAAUUUUCAGGUCAAUGUUACAUUGAUGGUUUUUUGCCUUUUACUCUGGCCACCGUGACUGAAUUGUGCUCAUUCUGGAUGGUUUGAAAGAUCUCUUCACCCUGCGCAAGUUCUGACAAAGUUUUCAUAGACCAUUAACCCAUUCACCCCUGAACCGCCCGUAUUCACCCGUGCGGAUCCAGGUCCUUUCUACCCUUUGUGAUGUCAUCAGUUUUAACAGUCAAGGACAACUUUCUUUGUUAACUUGUGCAGAGUGAAGAGAUCUUUUAAAGCAUACCAGAAUGAGCACAAUUCAGUCAAGGACGGCGGAGAAAGAAGCAAAAAACCACUUGACAUUGACCUGAAAAUCUCCAUGAAAAUCUUGUUCCAUUGCCCACCUACCUUUCCUUUCACCUAAUCCUAAGAUCCUAAAAGCUUUCCAAACAACUCUUUCCACCAAAAUGAGGCCUACUAAAUGCCCAGCAAGAGAAAAAAAAAGAGGCAAGAAAAGCGUAAAAAGAAGGGAGGAGAGAAAGCGAAAAGUAAAAGUCAAGACUGCUGUAUCACUUUUAAACCCAAAAACUAUCUCGAAAUUUUGCUUUCUGCGCAUGCCGGAACUUCGCAAGCUGAUAUUUUGCAUCUGGAUCAGAAGGCCGCAAAGUGUGCGACCUGUAAACCGGUUUGUGGUAAGUUUUAACUCUUUAUAGCAUGACAGUGACCAGAAAACCACUCAACUAGCUUCAAAACGCGUUUUUCUGCAAAAUCUCGAAUGGGUUGAAACUGAUGAUACCACAAGCGGUGGAAGGGAUAUGGAUCUGCACAGGCGGUUUUGGGUGAAUGGGUUAUUGAAAGUUAGUUUCCCCAACAAUCUCACAAGUCACUUAGUUUAAUGCAACAGGUUUCAUUCUCUCCUGCAUCGCAAUCAGAGAAGAUUCCAGGACAUGAGGUCCCAGUCAAUUGUGCCAAGUACAAUUAUUUAUCUGUCGAUCAAAUUCUCAACUACGCUUGGACCCAGUCUCCAACUUAAAGGCUUAAGGGUUAACCUCACUUUCAGAGCUUACUUACCAUUAAAACUAAGAGUUUAUAAAACUCCUAAAAAACCAAAAGGAAUCAAAGAUAAAAUAACCUUGUUUCUGUUAAAACUGCUAAUAAAACAAAUUUAAAGGUAACUAGCCUAGUGUGGUGAAAACAAUGUCCAAAACAUUCAUGAUACUUUUAUGUUAUUGGAAGUCAGGGAUCACAAUAAACAAAAAUAUCACACAUGUUCCUAGACAAAACGUACACCCUUACCCAAUUCCUUAAAGGCUGAUUAAUAAUGGUAAUAUGACUGAGUGGAGUGCAAUUCGGUCUAUAAUCAUAUGAGUGAUUAACAAAAUCAGAUGACCAUAGCAGGAGUCUGAUGUGUUUAAUCAUGAGUAUAAGUACAGCCCGAAUUGGACAACACAAAGUUCUAUCACCGGUUAAUCAUAACUAUAACAAAUUUGUAAUAUUUAAGGCUUUUCUUCAAUUAAAACACAAGAAAUUUCAAGAGCAGUGAAAAAGAGCCAUUUAUUAAGUGUGCGUGUGUGAUGGCGCGUACUGUCCAAUUACUUAGGCACGACGCCUACUGUCCUGUUACACUGUCCUAUUUGUGCUGAAAACAGAUCUAACUUACGGAAGACUAACUUACAGUAAAUUAAUGUUAAAAUUCUCAAAACCUUUUCUGCAGAUGUUGUAUUGAUAUUGUUUGGAGGAAAUUGUAACUCCUGUGUCUUUUUAGAGUAAACAACAUCUCAAAAGCUUUAAAUAUGUUUUACUUAACAGGAAAAUUGAUUUCAAAGGUCUUUGUAAGCCUGGGUUAAAGUUAAAUGCAUCACCUCAGAACCUGUAGGCUGUAUGUUCUUCACAGAAUGGAAGUUCUUUAACCAUUAUUAAUCUUUUUUCAGUAAUGGAAAAGUCAUUGUAGCAGACAAUGAACAAACCAGUGUGCCAAACAUAUAUGCAAUAGGAGAUAUUCUGGAGGGCAAACUUGAGCUCACUCCUGUAGCGAUUCAUGCUGGAAGGUUACUGGCCCAUCGGCUGUAUGGUGAAAGAAAUGAAUUGGUAUGGGAUUCUUUUAUCUACAGCUGUAUUCUGAAAUAAUAAACUUAGGCCCUAGUCAAACAUCAAACUUUUCAUGCGCUGAACUUAAUACCUAUACUGGUUGAGCCAAAUGAUAGAAUUUCGAUAGCUGAUUCAGAUGUCAAACUUAAUUAGUCAGACCCAAAUCAUUUUCGCAAUGUUUAAUGGUCCACAAUGCUUACCACUGAAAUAAAUAAUUAUAGUAACUUAUGAAAAUGAAAAGUUCGAUGUUUGAAAUGGAGUCACUCCUCGGUUGAAAUUCCUAUGGGCCAGGUUAUGUGAUCUUAAUUCAUGGGUCGAUUCAAAUUAGAUAUGUUGGACUUAGUUGAUUCAAAUGUCAAUCUAAUGUUGUGCACUUAAUUGAAGGGAGUAGGUUCGGUACUUCAAAAAAGUUUGACGUUUGAACUGGGCCUUAAUGUCACCAAUGUUCGGCAACAAUAGUUGUCAUCUGUCUUACCUCAGGCCUGUCUGAGAGGUUGAUCUUGAGUCAACUUCGCACACAUGAUUGUAGUCUGACUAGACUGGGGUGGUCAUUGUUGCCAGCACAUUUUUGUCCAUGGGAAAAUUAUCCUAGGGAAACCAACGGCUAUGUCACAAGUGUGUCAGUAGCAUGUGAGAACCAGGCUUAACCAACAAGGAAAUUGUUGGAAAUCAAGAUGCUCUGAAUCUUUGAAACCUUGACACAGCAUUACUAAGUUUUCUGCCUAAGUUAACAGAGGUUGAAAUCUCCCAUAAUCUGACACUUUGCGAUAGUCCCAGGAACAAACAAUCACUGCAUAAUUAUUAUGUCCUCCAUAAGCGAAACCUUUUCCAUAGCAGAGGGUGUAGGCUUACAGAAGGUUUAACAGACUGUAUUAACGGCAAUAGCGUGCGGGUAGGAAGCAAUCCUCAAACUAUGUACAGAGCUACUUUUACCUCUUUUUCAAGACUGGCGGCCAACUUGUUACUGACAGUGCCUCAUAUUGUUACCCACACAUUUCAAUAAUCCAAACUUUGUUUUGUAGUGUGAUUAUGAGAGUGUACCAACAACAGUAUUCACACCACUGGAGUAUGGCUGCAUAGGGCUGGCAGAGGAAGAUGCUAUUGCAAAGUAUGGGGAGAACAAUAUUGAGGUGUAUCACACUAACUAUACACCUCUGGAGUAUACUGUGGCUAAACGAGACUCAUCUGAGUGUUAUGUCAAGCUGGUUUGCAACAAGAGCGAGAACGUAAGUGCUGUUACUCUGCAGUGAUCCUUUCUUUUUCGGUUAAAGUGUAUACAACACAACAUCUUUUCAAACUGAUUUUGGUCCAUAGAUACGUUUAGUCAACAAUAUUGUGAACUUUAAAAAUCUGUCCCCCCAAAAAAUUCUUGAACUUUUACCAUCCAAAAUGUGCUUUCUCCCUUAAAGAAAUGUCCAAAAGACUGCAAACGAGUAAAGGAUGAAAGAGAGGCUGGUGAUGUCAGCUAGUGUACGAUUAGUGCCCUGUAGAAUUAAGCGACGUAACUGACCAUAAUAAAAGGUGUCUCAAAGUAAAUGAAGAUUCUAAAGAUCAGUGCGUAGUUUUGACAAAGACAGUGCUUCGUAAUUGCUGCCAUCUUGUUAAUUAUUCUUCAUUGUUGCAAAUCAUUCUACAUCAUAGUUGUCAGUUUGGCCGCGCGAUAUUGCGUACAUUUUUAAGGGCAAAUUAAUUUGGGUGUGUUAAAAGACAAAAAAAUAGGUUUAACAAGAUUAUUGAGAAGUUUAUUUCUUUUUUUUGGCACUCAUCAAGCAUUGUCAACAAUCACUAAAUUAAUAAUUAAGAAAAUUUUGUGUUUUGCUUUUACUGUGAAAUACUGAUACAAUAGUGUUGAAACCCAGGCCAGAGCUGCAAAGAAUUUUUCUUGCUUGAAAGAACAUAAUUAUGUCUAGCUAGGUUAUCAUUUUGGUUGGUCCAAAAAAAAAUGUCAUCAGAGUCAAUCUAUCCAGCUAUAUGCAUCUUUAACCCUAUGCAUAUUGGGGGGCCCUCUCCCAACACUGGAGUUGAAUAGCGUUGAAAUUGUUCAAUUCACCACCAAAUGUAGUUACUUCUCUCAAAAUCUGGGCACAUUUUAAAGUCAUUGUGACGUGUUUGUCAACAUUAACAUCACCUUGGCAACCAAGUUUUGACAGCCAUGUUUUUUUUCAAAAUUUGCAUUAAUGUUUUCUCUAAUAGAACGUUUAUUUCCUAGUCAGAUUUGCUGAUUGAAUUACACUCAGUUAUAGACUGAGUUAUCUCUUAUGACAAGGACAUUGGUUAUUUCAUCAAGUCACCCUGGUAACUUAUUUGUUAUUCUGUUUUAGGAACGUGUGGUUGGUUUUCAUUUCCUUGGUCCAAAUGCUGGAGAGGUGACUCAAGGUUAUGCUGUGGCUAUCAAGUUAGGAGCCAAAAAGAGCGACUUUGACAGAACUGUGGGGAUCCACCCAACAGUGUCUGAGGUAAUUACUUAUCCACAUACAGAUUUUCCAGACUAAUUUCCAAACAUUUUCUGUGAGAAUUAGCUGGGAGAAUUCGACAAAUACUUUUCCUUUGAUUAUCAUUGAAUUAAUUGUUGUUACCUUUUCUCUUGAUGAUGUACCGAUAUUGUUCGAAAAAAAUUAAAUUGAAAGCAAAAUGUAGAAAUCGGGUUUAUUUUUUCCAUGCACCCUUUAAGUUAUUUCCUUACUUGCAAGACCCUCUCUGUUGUGUUUCUGAUCAGAAACACGACCUUAAAAUAGCCAAACCCUCCAUACUCCCUGCUGGAGUGAAAGAGUUUAUACAGCACGGUUUUCUUGGGCCUUGGAUGGUAGAGUUCAGUGGCGGAUACAGGGGAGGCACCGUUAUUUUUAGACCAAACUGAGGCCCAAAGGGCUGGAAAAAAUUUUUUGGGAGACCGCUCCAGCUCAUUAUCUAAGGGUCUGGAUGACUGCUCCCACCUCCAAUCCCCCCCUUUAUCUCAAUGUCUAGAUCCGGCACUGGAGUUAAUACACGUUUUCUGUAUUAGGUGUGUGACUAUCUUUUUUAACUUUUCCUUGCACUUUCAGAUUUUCACAACACUAGGAAAAACAAAGAGCUCUGGGGCUGAUGUCUCUGCAACUGGUUGCUGAGGUUAAACCCUGCUGUUGUAGCGCCUUAAAAUGUGUGGAGAUUAUCCAUCUUAUUCAUUUUAAGGACAACAGCGGGGUUACACCUAAACAAUUUAGGAUUCCUUGAUGCAGGAGCAAGCUCACUGUUUGCAACUAUGAUGGCUAAGUUUGUAACCUACGAUUGUGGGAAAACUUUGCCUGAUGUUUUGUACUUGAGGACAUCCUUUUUUUUCUUUUUUUUUUCAGCUUACUUUAAGAUUACUGGACUCUUGAUACGUUAAACAUUUUCAUGUUAGGAAUUAUUGUUUGUUUGCUGGUGAAGUUAAUGUAUAUAAUAGUAUUAUUAUUAUAAAAAAAAAUUGGCAGGUACACAAUACAGAUCACAAGUGCAGUUCAUCGCUGUACUGGUAAAUAACUGAGAGACGCAGUUUCCCCCUCAAGUAAAACUCUAUUUCAGAUUGUUAUUAGGGCUAGGAGAUACUUUUAGUUUUAUUUAUUUACCGUAGCACUGUGUGCUGUACUCUAACCUGACUUGUGAUCCGUGACCUGCGUUUUGUACUUGCCAUAAAAAUUAGGAAAUUGUUAGGACAGUGUAUUUGAUAGUCUUGCUUAAAAUUAUCAGAUGUGUCCAGAUGGGUUUAAUGAUAUGACUUUCUCUGUGUAUAAUUUAUUUAUUAAGAUGGAUUUCCUGCACGCCUUCAGGCAUGUGCAAGUGAACUUGCGCCGAGGCCCAUAUUUUUUUAUGUGCACUUGUACAUCAUCAGAAGUGAUUAAAAAGUAGGUGCACCUACAUAGGACACCCAAAGUGGCAAUGCAUGUACAGGGGUGCCAAGCAUCCUUUCAAGACCAUCUUCCUUUGAUCGCUGAGUGCUACAUUUGGAUACGGCUCCCUUGCUCGCUCAUUCCAGGGAGUUGAUUGGUUGACUGGCUUUCCUCUUCAUUUUCCAAAUAAAUCAGAAAAAUGCAGGCAUAUUUCUGGAUGAUGCUGGCCUCUUGUACUCUCUGGAUACAGCGGUACCCUAAUAUGACGAAGGGAUUAACCGGGUUUCGUUACAUCUUGGUUAUUUUCUAUAUUUUUUACUGUUACAUGUACUGGGAGGAAGAAUGUCGUUCGUUGUACCGAGAACUUCGUUAUUAUAGAAAUUCGUUGUAUGGAGGUUCCAUUGUACAAGCAACGGCUGCAAAUAUGCAGACUGCAAUCUGUGUUGUUUUAAUGAGAUUUGGUCCUUUCUCCUUUUUGAAAAUAAGUAUGCAUUUGAGUCUAGGUGUGGCACUUCUCCCAUGGCAACCAUAACAUAAAAAACAAUGCAACAAAUAACACUUAUUCGUCCAAAAACGUUGACAAUCUUUUUAAUAGCCUGCAAGCAAACUCUCCAUUUGCCGGUGGGGAGACGGAAGAGCAAGAGGGAGGGGAAGAAAGUCUCCUUUUUUCUCCUCCAUCCCUCGUGACUUGGGUCUUACCACGCUCACCAGAAAUGGAGAGCUUGUUCGUGUGCACUAGGCUGUUAUUUCAACGGCC